CACAACACUGGCUGAAAGUAUUUUUUGCAGUGUUCUGUUGUCGUCAAUUUUGUUUUUGUUGAUAAAAAAAUAAGAUAACAGUCGAUUAUUAACAAUAAUGUGAUUAAAUAAGUGGAACUUUGACGUUAAUAUAUUCCUUGUAAUUGUAAAUUCAUUCAGUCAUUUAGUUGUUCGAUUACGAAAUAGUCGUGCUGUAAAUUGCAUUUAAUAUUUUCAAGGACUAAGCUAAGGAAUAAAGAAUAUAAACAAGUUUUUAAAAUAUUAUUACGUGAUUAUCGCCUUACUUAUUUUUGGAGGGAAAUAAUAUUUUUACUUUUUAAACAUGGAUGUUAAGACAACGAAAAGUGUGAAAGUAAUUCCUAAACAAGUGUUUGCUGAGUUGCCACAGACUUAUACGCUAUCUCCAGAACAACAUAAAUUCUACCAUGACAAUGGAUAUCUGGUCAUAAAAAAACUGAUAGAUUUCGCAUCCCUGUAUAGUUAUAAGCAGCGCUUCAUCCAAAUAAGCAAAGGUGUAGUGGACAGAGGGAACAUCACGGUUGUCAAGGAACCCUCUUUGUUUGCCAAGGGACUGAAGGGCGAAGACCUAAUUAAUAAACUACAAGACAUCCUAUUCGACGAUGUUUUCGCCCAGUACAUAGAGAAUCCUGCCUUACUUCACGUCGUGUGCCAACUGGUGGGGGCAGACACACAAUACAACUUACCUCCCGGGGUAAAGAGUGAUCUGAAGUAUGGCGACAACAUCAGGGCGAUGCAUAGCAUGUUCAUCAACAAGCCUCCGGGCACCGGCCGCCAUCCGCCGCAUCAGGAUCUGUACUACUUCCCGUUCCGGCCCGCGCAUAAGAUCGUAGCGUCGUGGACGGCCGUGGACGCCGUGACCCGGGACAACGGGUGCUUGUACGUGGUGCCGGGCUCGCACCACCAGGGGCUUAUACACGCCCACGGCAACCUGGAGGACUCGAACAAGUUGUACCACGGCAUCAUAUCUGAGCUGGUGGUGGCUCCGGUCCAGUCCCGGAUACACCUGGAAAUGUCGCCCGGGGAUACUGUCUUCUUCCACCCCCUGCUGGUGCAUGGCUCCGGGCCCAAUGUUACUAAGAACUACCGCAAGUCGAUUUCGUGUCACUACGCGAACAGCGAGUGCCACUACGUGGACGUGGCUGGCUCCGUGCAGCAACACAUCGCUGAUGAAAUAGAAGCUGAAGCAAGGAGGAGGGGCUUCCAUAUCAACUUCCAGGAUUCCUUCCGCUACAGAAGCAAGCAAGUCAUGGGAGUGAAGUCAAACUUGUAAGCACUCAUCAUCCCCCUAGCAUUAUCCCGUUUCACUCAGGGUCCGUUUACUUAACCUGUAGAUAUGACAGGUCCGGUUUUUUACGAGAAAGCGACUGCCUGUCUGACCUUCCAACCCGCUAAGGGAUAACCAGCAAUACAGGUUAGGUCACAUACCUCCGAAAAUGCAUUUCUCGGGAAUGUGGGUUUCCUCACGACGUUUUCCUUCACCCUUCUCUUCCUCUCCUUGUUUUUGAUGUUUUGUUUCGUUUUAUGUUUUUGUUUCUUUUCAAACUUGUUGUUGCACUAUAAAUGAUUAAAACUGUGAAUGAUUAAAGUUGACUAUUGUCAGAAAUA